AUGCACUCCUCCCUCCAACACAUCUCUCGCGCCCUCCCGCGCGCCCGCACCUCCCUCGCAGUUCCACAACCACAACACCCUUCGACUCUUAGGUCCGCUGCACUCAAGAAGACGCAGAGGGGGCCAGACAUCAGUGGAAGACGUGCGUACUCGCAGAAGAACACCACGCCGGCCGGAGAGCGGGAUAAAGCGACAGUUGGGGUGUUCACGCCCAAGGCGGCUGCGCUUUUCGUCCUCGCGGGUGCAGGCCUCUUCUUCUACUUCCGCUGGGAGAAGCAGCGCCUGCUCGAAGCCAAAGAAAAAGAGAAGGAGUCCCGCUCCGUCGGGCGCGCGCACGUCGGUGGGCCGUUUGAGAUGCUGACGCACGAGGGCAAUCCGUUCACGGAAAAGGACCUGCUCGGGAAGUGGAGUCUGAUUUAUUUUGGCUUCACGAAUUGCCCGGACAUAUGUCCUGACGAGCUCGACAAGAUGAGCGCCGCGGUCGACGAGAUCGACAAAGCCUACGGCCCCAUCGUCCAGCCUAUCUUCAUCUCCGUCGACCCCGCGCGCGACACCGUACCGCAGGUCGCACGCUAUGUCGCCGACUUCCACCCGCGCCUCGUCGGGCUCACAGGCACCUACGCCGCUGCCAAAGCCGCGUGCAAGGCCUACCGCGUCUACUUCUCGACGCCGAAAGAUGCCCAGCCCGGGGACGACUACCUGGUCGAUCACUCGAUCUUCUUCUAUUUCAUGGACCCGGAUGGGAAGUUCGUCGAUGCGUUUGGAAAGUCGAGCGAGGCGGGGGAUGUGGUGGAGCGCGUGAAGAAGGAGGUGGAGGAGUGGAGGGCGGAGAAGGGGCGUGUAGUGUGAUGGACUCCAUGCCUUGGCGUUGUAGCUUGCGUUUCCACACCACCACUCUGAGCAUACUUACCUCAUGGAUAGUCGCGCAUGACAUCCGAGCAUCGUGUACCAUACUCUCGCUAAUUCAAUUCUCACCACCCCUC